AUGUCUAUUGCGCCGCGGACGCUAGAGGAGCUUAAUCGUGCCCUGGCUUCUGCCUCGUCUCCGGCUGCCCUGCUUGAAGCUCUCACGGAUUUCGAAGGCCAGAUUUGCCUACGCUUUGGCGACACACAUCUAGCAGCCGAUACGGAGUUUCUAGGAAUUUAUUAUUCUGCAUUUUCUUUUGCGCUGCUAAUUCAGGGAGAAAUAAACGAAGCUCGGAUGCUAGUUAGGAGGACCCCGCGAAGCCUGACGAACGCAGAUGUGACUUUACAAAAUACGUUCAAUCUUGUGCGGGCAGUCUGGAAUAAGCAGCAUACAGCUGUAUACCAAAUUUUAAGAUUAUUGCCAUGGCCGGACAAUCUUAAGCCGUUGGUGGAUGCCUUCUCUACACAUUUCAAUAACGUCACCCGGGAUGACCUUAGCGCUGUCUACGGGGCUAUCAGACCAGAAACGGCUGCUUCAUACUUAGGAUUCCAAGCUUCCCCCGCUGAAAGUGAUACGAUGGAAGGUGUGUCGGGCUCAACAGCACCAGAGCUAAUUGCAUCCUUAGUGGAACAGGGCUGGGAAUACAAUGCAGAUACAAACCUGUUAACCCCAAUCCCAAAAGCGGCCGUUAUGGAUGGCACCGAACUUGAUAAAAUAAAAAUCAGGCAGGUGGCUGGGCUUCUGCAUGCUAUCGGUGAUUGA